AUGGGUGAGUCAAACAUUUUUUCCAGCACCGGUAUCCCAGUUGAAUCGGCAAAUUCCCACGAUCGUCAAGCGACUCCUUUCGGCCACUGGCGUCUCACCGAGUACCAGGUCAUCGGGCGUCAUCUGCCCACCGAGGCGAACCCCACGCCCAAGCUGUACCGCAUGCGCAUCUUUGCGCCCAACACUGUUGUGGCCAAGUCGCGGUUCUGGUACUUCCUGACCCAGCUCCGUAAGGUCAAGAAGGCCAACGGUGAGAUCGUCAGCCUCAACGUGAUCCACGAGAAGCGCCCCCUCAAGGUCAAGAACUUCGGUAUCUGGCUCCGCUACGACUCCCGCUCCGGCACCCACAACAUGUACAAGGAGUUCCGUGAGAUGAGCAGGACCGAGGCCGUUGAGGCUCUCUACCAGGACAUGGCUGCUCGCCACCGUGCCCGUUUCGGCUCUAUCCACAUCCUCAAGGUCGUUGAGAUCGAGAAGGCCGACUCCAUCCGCCGCCCCUACAUCAAGCAGCUCCUCUCGAAGAACCUCAAGUUCCCUCUGCCCCACCGCUCCGCCAGCGGCAACAAGAAGGUCUUCGCCUACUCUCGUCCUUCUACUUUCGCUUAA